CCAGAGAGCUACAGACAUGUUUCUGAAUCUCCCCUCAGUCUCACUUUUUUCUCCCCAGAUUUCAAUAAUCGCAUGCCAACGACCCCCAUCCAGAGAGCCGUCACUCGCAAGUUGCAAGGCCAAGCACCCCGUCAGCACCCCGUCAGCACCCCGGGAACCAAUCGGACGAUGGCCGUCCGACCUUACUCCCCCACUCCGUCAUCAGCGCCGCAUGCCAGAAACCCGCUUCCGCACCCUUGUCCCACCAUCCCGAAACUCAACCUCUAGAACGAACUGCACCUCAUACUCACUUACCUAGCCCAGCGCGAUACUUUUUUGUUGAAAUCUAAACACCAAGCUCCCAAAAGUUCACGAUGUCUCAACAACAGCAGCCCAAAUACCUCACCGGCGACUCUGCCGCCACUCAAGAAUUCCUCGACAAAUUUGACGUCUUUCUCAUCGACUGUGAUGGUAAAUCUCAUCGUCCUCAUUCCGGAUGAGCAAACGCUUCUUCCUUCUGCAGAGCACCAACUGACAAGUCCUGUCCCCCUCUGCAAACAGGCGUCCUCUGGUCCGGAGACCACCUAUUCGACGGCAUCCGCGAGACGCUCGCCUUCCUUCGCUCAAGAGGUUGCUCACCCUGAACCCCCCAUUUUUCAUGAACUUUCUGCAAAAAUCGCAUC